CCCAGGAGCAGGCAAAGAUAGGGACAGGCCAGGGUCAUCAUUCUCAUCAGGCCAGCACAAAAGGAUUCCCACCCAGGGCUGAUCAUCUGGCCCAGGGACUCAGAACAUACAUGACUCACUCUACGUGAACCCACUAGAACUCACCCCACUUGAAUCCAGGCACCUCUCCAUGAAGCUCCCAGGAUCCUAGCAUUCCACGGGGUACACUGAGCUCCUCAUGUUCUUCCCUUUCUGCCAGCACCCUCUGGCCCCACAGAAACAGCCAACAUGCCAGUCACCAAAUGUCCAAAAAAGUCAGAGCCCCUGUGGAAGGAGUGGGACCAGAAAACCCUUAAGAAUGGAUCACGGCACAAGGUGUUUGCUGUGAAUGGAGAUAAUUAUGUGGGCGAGUGGAAGAACAACGAAAAACACGGGAAAGGAACACAGGUCUGGAAGAAGAAUGGAGCCAUCUACGAAGGGGACUGGAAGUUUGGGAAGAGAGAUGGCUAUGGCACCCUCAGCUUUCCAGAUCCAGAGACAGGAAAGUACAAGAGAGUCUACUGUGGCUGGUGGACAGGUGGUAAGAAAUCGGGCUAUGGAAUCCAGUUUUUUGGACCCAAGGAGUACUAUGAGGGUGAGUGGUGUGCCAACCAGCGCAGCGGGUGGGGCCGCAUGUACUACAGCAACGGCGACAUCUACGAGGGCCAGUGGAACCAAGACAAGCACGAAGGGGAGGGCAUGCUGCGACUGAAGAAUGGGAAUCGCUUCGAGGGCUACUGGGAGAGAGGCAUGAAGAAUGGGCAUGGGCGUUUCUUCCACCUGGAUCAUGGGCAGCUGUUUGAAGGCUUCUGGGUGAAUGAUGUGGCUAAGUGUGGCACCAUGAUCGACUUUGGCCAUGAUGAGGCUCCUGAGCCCACCCAGUUCCCCAUUCCUGAGAUCAAACUUCUAGAUCCUGACGGUGUGCUGGAGGAAGCUUUGGCUAUGUUUAAGAAGACAGCAGAAGAACAAUGAUGCCUGGUGAGGAGAGCGCUAAGGCUCAGGAGAAACCUCGAGCCCUUGUCACCCAACUGCUCAGACCGGUGGGGCCCCUGUGGAGGAGUAAGCAGCAGCUCCGGGCACGCCCUUGGCACCCUCAGAUGGCACCUCACUUUUCCUAGCACUAAGCCAUUCUUCACUAGUGGGGUGCCAAUGUUUCCUCAGCUGGUCUUGGGGGGCGUUGCUCUUCAUCCUAUGAUGUCUAAGGGACAUAGCUCAUGAGAAUAAAGAAACCUGGGGGCCUCAGUCACAGCCUACUCAUAUGUAGCCCAUAGCUCAGAGGGAGGGCAGGCAGAAGCUCCCUGGGCUUCCAAGGGCAUGGGCAGGGUGGAGUACAUGGCUCCAGGUCCCUAACCUCUGAGCUAGCCAAGAACCGAGAUCAAAUCUGCAUCUCAUGGGCCUCCAAGACUUGAGAUUACAGGCAGACCCACCUUCUCAAACUACCACAGGGGGCUCAAAACCUUGGGAUUCUGUGGAAGCUCUCAAAGCUGCAGGUGCCCACAUUCCAUGUCCAUCUGUCUGGGGUGAGGCUUGGGUUUUCACAAGACUCCCUAGGGGCUAAGAAUUUUUUGUGCCAGUACUGGGAUUUGUACUCAGGCCAUGAGUGCUAUCUUGGAACUUUUUUGCUCCAGGCUA